ACCGAGGGGGCAGGUGGCAGGGCCUCCCCACCUGCCCCGCGGAAGAUGCAGUUCUUUGGGCGCCUGGUCAACACCCUCAAUAGCGUCACCAACUUGUUCUCGAACCCGUUCCGGGUGAAGGAGGUGGCUGUGGCGGACUACGUCUCGAGUGGCCGGAUUCGGGAGGAAGGGCAGCUGGUUCUGUUCCAGAACUUUCCCAGCCGCACAUGGGACUGCGUCCUGGUCAACCCCAGGAACUCACAGAACGGAUUCCGACUCUUCCAGCUGGAGAGGGAGACGGACGCGCUCGUGAACUUCCAGCACUAUUCUAUCCAGCUGCCGCCCUUCUACGAGAGCUCCAGCCAAGUCCUGCACGUCGAGGCCCUGCAACAGCUGACCGACCUCAUCCGCAGCCAUCCCAGCUGGUCGGCGGCCCAUUUGGCGGUGGAGUUGGGCAUCCGAGAGUGCUUCCAUCACAGCCACAUCAUCAGCUGUGCCAAUAGCAGGGAGAAUGAGGAGGGCUGUACCCCCCUGCACCUGGCCUGCCGCAAGGGCGACGGGGAGAUCCUGGCGGAGCUGGUACAGUACUGCCAUGUCCAGAUGGACGUCACAGACAACAAUGGAGAGACUGCCUUUCAUUACGCCGUCCAGGGGGACAAUUCCCAGGUGCUGCAGCUCCUAGGGAAGAACGCAUCGGCCGGCCUGAACCAGGUGAACAACCAAGGGCAGACCCCACUGCACCUGGCCUGCCAGAUGGGGAAGGAAGAGAUGGUCCGAGUACUGUUACUCUGUAACGCUCGGUGCAACAUCGUGGGGCCCAAUGGCUACCCCAUCCACGCAGCCAUGAAGUUCUCCCAUAAGGGGUGUGCUGAAAUGAUCAUCAGCAUGGACAGCAGCCAGAUCCACAGCAAAGACCCUCGCUAUGGAGCCAGCCCCCUCCACUGGGCCAAGAACGCAGAGAUGGCCCGCAUGCUGCUGAAGCGGGGCUGCGACGUGAACGGCACCAGCCGCUCGGGGAACACAGCCCUGCAUGUGGCCGUCAUGCGCAACCGCUUGGACUGUGUCAUGGCUUUGCUGACCUACGGGGCCAACGCCAACGCCCGCGGAGAGCACGGCAACACGCCGCUGCACUUGGCCAUGUCGAAAGACAACGUGGAGAUGAUCAAGGCCCUCAUUGUGUUUGGGGCAGAGGUGGAUACCCCAAAUGACCUCGGAGAGACUCCUGCUUUCAUAGCUUCCAAGAUCAGCAAACUUGUCACCAGGAAGACGCUCUUAACUCUGCUGAAAAAUGUAGGGGCCGACCACCGCCUCCCACUCACCCAAGGGGCCCCCUCGGAGCAGUGUUCCACUGCGACACAUCACUCCUUGUUCUCCCAGGAAAGAUCUCAGCCCCCACCGAUCAGCUUAAACAACCUAGAACUGCAGGACAUCAUGCAUAUCUCCCGGGCCCGGAAGCCGGCGUUCAUCCUGAGCUCCAUGAGGGACGAGAAGCGGACCCACGACCACCUGCUCUGCCUGGACGGAGGGGGCGUGAAGGGCCUCAUCAUCAUCCAGCUCCUCAUUGCCAUCGAGAAGGCCUCGGGCGUCGCCACCAAGGAUCUCUUUGACUGGGUGGCGGGGACCAGCACUGGAGGCAUCCUGGCCUUGGCCAUUCUGCACAGCAAGUCCAUGGCCUACAUGCGGAGCGUGUACUUUCGCAUGAAGGAUGAGGUGUUCCGAGGCUCGCGGCCCUACGAGUCGGGGCCCCUGGAGGAGUUCCUGAAGCGCGAGUUUGGGGAGCACACCAAGAUGACCGACGUCAAGAAGCCCAAGGUGAUGCUGACGGGGACGCUGUCUGACCGGCAGCCUGCUGAGCUUCACCUCUUCCGGAAUUACGAGGCUCCGGAGUGUGUACGGGAACCUCGUUUCAGCCAGAAUAUUAACCUGAAGCCUCCGACUCAGCCCUCAGAGCAGCUGGUGUGGCGAGCUGCCCGGAGCAGUGGGGCGGCCCCCACCUACUUCCGGCCCAACGGGCGCUUCCUGGACGGCGGGCUGCUGGCCAACAAUCCCACGCUGGACGCCAUGACGGAGAUCCAUGAGUACAACCAGGACAUGAUCCGCAAGGGCCAGGAAGGCAAGGUGAAGAAGCUCUCCAUCGUGGUCUCUCUGGGGACAGGGAGGUCCCCACAGGUGCCCGUGACCUGUGUGGACGUGUUCCGUCCCAGCAACCCCUGGGAACUGGCCAAGACUGUUUUUGGGGCCAAGGAACUGGGCAAGAUGGUGGUGGACUGUUGCACGGAUCCGGAUGGGCGGGCCGUGGACCGGGCCCGGGCCUGGUGUGAGAUGGUCGGCAUCCAGUACUUCAGAUUGAACCCUCAGCUGGGGACUGACAUCAUGCUGGAUGAGGUCAGCGACACAGUGCUGGUUAAUGCCCUGUGGGAGACUGAGGUCUAUAUUUAUGAGCACCGAGAACAGUUCCAGAAGCUCAUUCAGCUGCUGCUGUCACCGUGAGGCCACUGGGCACCCCCCGCCACCCCAUCCCACCCACCCAGCCCUUGAUGGAGAGGCCAGGUGACAUCUAACCAGCGCGCCACUGGGCAGAGCUGGGCCUCGGCGGCUCUGCAUCUCCAGACCAGACAGACCAGGCCUCAGAGGGCACUGGGCUUCCUGCCUGAGGCUGGUCCUGAGUCCUGCCCACACUGUCCCCGCCUUCUGGCACUUUUUGUCAUUCCACGCUUAGAAAUCCUAGAGCCUCACUGGGGCCCUCUCCCUGAUGGCCAAGGACAACUGACGCUUGGGCCCCCAGCCCUGUUAGCUCAGACACCAGGCGUUCUCCCAGGUCCCCUGGCGAAGGGGGGAUGCCAAGACCCCUUCCACUCUCUGUCCUCUUCCCUGGGGUGGGGGGCUUGGGGAAACAGGCCUUUGCCCCCCCCCCCCAUCAGCAGGGGAAACCCAAGCCCCGCCGACUCUGCCCUCAACACACAUGCAGCCGCCUGCACCCCUCGGAACUGCCCCACCCUGCGAGCUCCCCUCAGCUCUCAAAGGUCACUUCUGUGACUUCGGUUAUUCCUCCCGACCCGAGGUGGUUGAUGGGUGGGGCGGGGAUCCAGAGCCUGCCCUUAACUGAAAUAAACGGUUUGAUUCAAGC